UUCAUCAGUAGGGAUUCUUGUGAUCGAAAAAUCUAAUUAAGGACUGGGAUAAACAUAUUUUGCUGGAAACCUACCUCUUUCAACCCUAUUAUUCUGUGUGUAUAUAUAAUAUGUAUGUAUAAGUGUACAUUCCAUUAAUACGAUGAAAUAUAACGACAUUGCAUUUGUUUAUUUUACGUUCCACUGUCUGCCAAGCACUGCUGGAGCUGUAUUGUAGACAUCCGACUGCUUUUGAUUUGGAUGCGAUGUCUUACUUUAGUAAUUAUUGAUUUGUUUACACGUGAUUGAUAGGUGUGUGAAUUAAUUCAGCAAUUCAAACUCCAGGAAACAGUGGACAAUUUGUGUUUUAAUGUAGCUAUGACGUCUAUGCUUCCCUUUACACCCCCUAUUGUUAAACGUCUCCUAGGCUGGAAAAAGGGAGAAGUCGAAGAUAAGUGGAGUGAAAAAGCUGUCAAAAGUUUAGUAAAGAAACUAAAAAAAACCAACGGACUAGAGGACUUGGAGAAGGCUAUAACUACACAAGAUCCCAAUACCAAGUGUAUAACAAUCCCAAGCUUGCGGACAGACAAAGGUGACACAGGAAACUGCCGGACUGUCGACGGUCGUAUCCAAGUGUCACACAGGAAAGGUCUUCCUCACGUAAUCUACUGCAGAUUGUGGCGCUGGCCUGAGGUUCAGUCCCACCACGAACUGCGAGCUAUUGACACGUGCUCCUACGCGUACGCUCUCAAAAGAGACGACGUCUGUGUCAAUCCCUAUCACUACUGCCGGAUAGAAGCUCCAGUUCUCCCUGCUAUUCUGGUCCCUCGGGUGAACGGAGAGUCCAGCGUAGACAGCCUGGGUGUGGGUGGUGCUGUAGAGUUGGUAGAACACAUUGCGUCUCCUCCCACCAACACAUCAGCUCCACCCCUGUCUCACCCACUCACCACCUUCGCCCUGGAGCCAACAACCAACCGCCCUCCCACCGAGACCCCUCCCCCUGGGUACAUGUCAGAGGAUGGAGACAACAUGGAUCAUAAUGACAACCUAAGCAUGAGCCCAAGCCCAGCAUUAGACCCACAGCCAGUCAUGUACUGCGAGCCAGUAUUCUGGUGUUCCAUCAGCUACUACGAACUCAACACCAGGGUAGGAGAAACCUUUCACGCUUCGCAGCCUUCUAUCUCAGUCGAUGGAUUCACAGAUCCUAGCAACUCGGAGAGGUUCUGCCUCGGUCUUCUGUCUAACGUCAACCGCAACACAGUAGUCGAGCAGAUUCGUAGACAUAUCGGCAAGGGGGUCAGGCUCUAUUACAUUGGUGGCGAAGUGUUUGCCGAGUGUCUUAGUGACUCUUCUAUCUUCGUGCAAUCCCCUAACUGCAACCAACGUUACGGCUGGCAUCCGGCGACAGUCUGUAAAAUCCCUCCAGGUUGUAAUCUAAAGAUUUUCAACAACCAAGAGUUUGCUGCUCUUCUGUCCCAGUCCGUGAGUCAGGGUUUUGAAGCAGUCUACCAACUCACUAGGAUGUGCACCAUUAGAAUGUCCUUUGUCAAAGGCUGGGGCGCAGAAUACAGGAGGCAAACAGUUACGUCAACGCCUUGCUGGAUAGAACUUCACCUCAACGGUCCACUACAGUGGCUAGACAGAGUUCUAACUCAGAUGGGCUCACCGCGUCUGCCGUGCAGCUCCAUGUCCUAAUUUCGUAAGGAUGCUGUUCAGAAGCAGUAGCGGUCUGAAGUUUAUCAUGUGCCAAUUUACUGAUGUUAAUCCAACCGAGACUGAAAAGCACAAACUGUAUCUGCAAGUUAAUUGAUGCUAGACAUUGUCUAAAACAUAACUCAAAACUCAUAUCUGUAAUAUUUAUGAAUUUUAAACUUAAAAUUCAAGUCAGUGUUUUAGGUACAUAAUUUUGAAAGUUAAUGUCUGUGACAUAGGUACAUAAUUAUAAAAGUUACUGUCAGUGUUAUAUGUACAUAAUUUUAAAGUUACAGUCAGUGUUUUACGUACAUAAUUUUGAAAUCAGUCAGUGAUAUAGAUACAUAAUUUUGUUUGUUUUUACUUGUAGUAUAAAAAGUCAGUUAUUGACACUCGCUGUAGGGAUAAGGUUUAACCUUGGUAGCGAGAUAGAAGUUGAGAAUUGUUUUAUUUGAAAAAGAUAUUAUUUUCUGGCAAAACUCGUGACUCACAGGAGAAAGACAAUUUCCAAAUAAGCAAUAAUCAUGCAAUUUAAAGCUUUAAACAUGCAUCUGCUCCAUUCAUCUGGAUUGCCAAUUAUCCAGAUAAGCUUUUUUAAGGGAAUUAAAUAAAUCAACUCAGUUUGUAAAGUUAAGUCCAUUGUAGUUUUUUUCCAGUUUGCUGUGAUCAGUUACAUAUUUUCAUGGAUGCCAAUUUUGUCCAUCAACCUAUUGUAGUUGUAUUAAUCGGUAGGUGAUUAGUUAUCUGCUUAGCGCCACUGACUUAGAUACUUUUUCUUUAAAACUACUUUUUCUUUAAAACUCACAUUAUCUGGAUUUUUGACGAUCUGGAUGGAAUACGGAUUCAGAUGAUUGAAGUUCUGCUGUAUAAUUGUUUGAUGAAAAUAAUGUUGAGAAGGAAGGUGUCAAAAACUUUAAAUGCACAAUUAAAGUUUCUUCUUAUAUCUCUCUUCGUACAGACAUAAACAUAGACGGUCUGUCUAUGGGAAAUAAGAAUUGCUAUUCAACGGUUAGUGGUGCAUCGAAUGCACCUGGUAAAUCUAAAUGGGUUGUAAGUUUUAAGCUAAUUUUGAUUAUUGAUUGAGCUUAGUGUUUUAUUGCAAAACUACUUGCCCUAAGUUUUUGCAUCAUGAGCUUGUAUGAAUAAAAAUAAAAAUAUGAUUGCAUCGUGUCGGGAGCAGACUUGAACAUAUUCAGCCACCAUGCUCUCAGGAAUGCAAAGUUGUAAAUAGUCUUUCUCCAUGUAGCCUACUGACAUUACUCUUCUAUUAAUUUGAUAUUUUUAAAUUUUUUAUAAUUUUUUACAGAGUUUUGUUUAUUUGCUGUGAAAGUCAUAUAAGGAUUUUAAACAUACAUUGUACUAUUCUUCCUCAUACCUCAAAAUUAUGCAAAAAAGUCAAAAUAAUUUGAAUAACAAUAAAGAAGUUUCUCAAGACAUAUUUUGAGUUGAUAGUUGAAGUUAAUAGUCAGAAAAUGUAUAAAUACCAUACUGAUGGAUAUUCCUCUCUCUAUCUUUGUAAAAUUUGUUUGCUUGAAAGUCUUACAUCUUUCAAAUUUUUUACUGUGUAUAUUAAUAUCUAUGUAAAUGAAAAGAAAUCUUGAAAUUGGGAAAACUGGCCUGGCAGGUUUCGCUAUCAGAUUUAAAGUGGAUAAAAACAUUGAAUGUUUGUCAAAUAGUACAUACGGGUACUCGAUUAUGUACAUAGAAUAUUGCAGAGCAGUUAUUCUUAUAUGUAUUGUGUUGUUUCAUAACUUUGUGUUGAAAACUUUAUAUUGAUAUUAAUUUUUUGUAAUACAGGUUGUAAAAACCCUUGUGAGGAAUGGCAGCUUAAAUUUACAUUUCUCAGUAUAGUGUGUACGUAAAAAAUAAUUUCAUAUGUCAACCGAAGAAUGACAUAUGAAAUAGAAAGUUUUCCUAGUAGUAAACUUUUCAAAUUGAAUUGAUUGAUUCGAUUGAUACUUUAGUACUGCUUCCACAAGUGAAAGUAGAAUUACUAAAAACUUUUUUACUUGAUAUCCGCUUGUUUUUAUACACAAAUAGCCAUAAAAAAGUUCUUUAUUUUUAUAGUUAGACAUUUGUAUAGAUUAGUUACGGUUUAUUUUCUGCCUCACUGCCAAAUCCGCAUUGUGUUCUAGUUGUAAUCAAAUAAAAUAUGUACUAAUAUUUAGCAUUUGGUAGUUUUUAAAAUCCAAACAUAAACGUCUUUAAAUACUGUACUAUGAAUUUCCACACAGCUUUGCAGUUCAAACAUUUCCCUCACUCAAAAGUUUAGCUUGGAGAGAACAAACAUUUUGUAUCUUAAUUUGUUAGUUAGUGUUACCUAGUUAUUAUAUUUUUAUUGUAGCUAAAUUAAACGAAAGGUUGUAUUUUAUUUCCCAAACAGUUCUGGUUUACAAUAGUCCAACACCAAUUUAGUUUUAAAUUCAAAGAAUUCGUCCUGUAGACUAUAUUGUUUUUCUAUUAACUUAUGGGGGUAUCAUACGCAAACAAAUAAUUUUUUAUGAUUUUUUAUUUUUGGUUUCAAAUUUAAGCCUGUUACUUCCUGAACAAAAUGACACCUUAUUUAUGGUUCCAGCAAUUUUGGUACCAGUUUUAUAUAAAAGCAUGAAUUAUAACCUUAAAAAAUUCAGGUUGAAAGCUCUAGCGGUUCAUAAGCAAAUGACAUUAAGGUUGCUAAUUUUACAUUGUUACCAUAGGGCGUAUGAUGCUCCCUUAAACAAAUUUAAUCACCAAGCUUUUACAUAUUUUCACAUAUUUUGUCACUUAGCUUUACUCAUUUGAAGCUAGUAAAGAGCCAAUUGCCUAUAUGCUAGGGAAUACCUUAUUUAUUGAUUUUUGCUUGUAAAUUGAUGGGAAAGAAAGAAGUAUCUAAGUCAAAUAUUAUCUUACAACAAUAUAUACUGUAUGUAUAUUAUGUACUGUGAUUAGAUAAUCUAUAUUGUAUCGUUUAAUCCUUAUUUAGGCAUGUUACUAUAAUUUAAACUAAAUCGCAUGGAUGGGUUCUUUAAGAUUAUCUACCGGUCCUUGGACCUGGUAGAUCUUUUAUCUUAGGUGUCCAUGAAUGGUGAAAAAGUAUACAUAAUAAUCUUAAUGGGCUAUCCCAGAAGGGCGUUAAAAACAUUUAAGUAAACAAAGUCAGAGAAACCUGAAUUUUUUACUCUUUUUCAGAAACUAAUUAUGUUUAAAAUGAUGGAGACCUAUACAGUGACCCUAAAUUAAAAUUGUGUAUGCUAAGUCAACAAUAUUUUAUUUAACUCCUUGGUAGUUUAAAGUGAUCUUCAUUUUAAUUUUAAACAAGAACAGGAACAAGAAAAUGUUCACUACAGUAUAAGUUUUUAGUAUAGAUAUUACAUAAUCCCAUAAAUUUGGUAACUUACAUAAUUCAUAGGUCAAAAAUAUAUUUGAAAGCACUUAAUGGCAAAGACUUGACACUACAGUGCAAUAUUGGAAUUAGUAUUAAUUAUACUGCAUCAUAACAAACUUUGGAAAGGCUAAGUGUGAUUCGGGUCGAUAAAAUGUAGUCCCUUUUUAGGUUUAUUUGUUAUGAGGAUGGAAAUAUUUAUUUCUAUUGAACUUUACAUAGGUGUGAUGUUUGAAAUUGAUUGCUUUAAUCCCUGUUAAAUUUGUAAUAUUAUUUAUAGAUCUUGAAGCAUACAUUCUUUUCACAGACGUGUGAUCCUGGAGAUUGGUCUGUUACGUUAUUGGGUUGUUUGAAUAUUCUGUUUAUUCCUAGAUAGUUUUAAAGAGAAUCAUGCUUUAAAUAUUCAUAAGGUAGAUUAUGAAAGGGUAAAACCUGUAUGAAAAAGUUCCCCCUAUUUUUGAGUAAUGUUAUAAAAUUAACUGUUGAAUGCUCAGAAUGUUUCUGAUGAAACAGUUGAAAUGCUUUUGUAAACACCCUAGAAUCCCUCCCAUAAACUUAAUUGUAAACUUUUAUCAACGUACCUCGAGAAUAUAUUUGUUCUCGGGCAUUUUCAGAGCGUUCUGUAUUUUCAAUAGAUAACUGUAUAUAAUUUGUAAUCAGUGUGGUGGCAUUGUUUGUGAAAGAAUAAUUUUUUCAUCGCUAA